AUGGAUAUUCACUGCAAAGCAGACCCCUUCACAGCGAUGCACCGGCACGGAGGUGUGAACCAGCUCGGCGGGGUGUUUGUGAACGGCAGACCCCUCCCGGACGUGGUGAGGCAGCGGAUAGUGGAGCUCGCGCAUCAGGGCGUCCGGCCCUGCGACAUCUCCAGACAGCUGCGGGUCAGCCACGGCUGCGUCAGCAAGAUCCUGGGCAGAUAUUACGAGACUGGCAGCAUCAAACCAGGGGUGAUUGGUGGGUCUAAACCUAAAGUGGCCACGCCAAAGGUGGUGGAAAAAAUCGCGGACUACAAGAGACAAAACCCAACUAUGUUUGCGUGGGAGAUCAGAGACAGACUGCUGGCAGAGGGCAUCUGCGACAACGACACCGUUCCCAGCGUCUCAUCCAUUAACAGGAUCAUCCGAACAAAAGUCCAGCAGCCUUUCCAUCCAUCUCCUGAUGGGUCAUCACUGUCGACACCAGGCCAUACUAUAGUACCAAGCACAGCCUCUCCGCCUGUAACCAGCGCCUCCAAUGACCCUGCGGGAUCCUACUCCAUCAAUGGGAUUCUGGGUAUUCCACGAUCUAACGGUGAAAAGAGGAAAAGAGAUGAAGAUGGUUCAGAUGGUUCUGGCCCAAACAGUGAUUCUCAGGGUAGUGUGGAGAGUUUACGGAAACACCUUAGGGCAGAUGCCUUCACCCAGCAGCAGCUGGAAGCGUUGGACCGGGUCUUUGAACGCCCCUCGUACCCUGACGUCUUCCCCACAUCGGAGCACAUCAAACCUGAACAGGCUAAUGAGUACUCGCUCCCUGCCCUGAAUUCCAGCCUGGACGAAGUCAAGCCCAGUUUAUCCUCUAGCGCCAACCCAGACCUGGGCCCCAGCGUGUCGCAAAGCUACCCUGUAGGUCGGGAUAUGGCCAACACAACCCUACCUGGAUACCCCCCUCACGUUCCCCCCACAGGCCAGGGCAGCUACCCGACCUCCACGCUCGCUGGAAUGGUUCCUGGGAGUGAGUUUUCGGGGAACCCCUACAGUCACCCACAGUACACAACCUACAAUGACGCCUGGCGAUUCAGCAACCCAGCAUUACUAAUGCCGCAUCGAGAGGCUCCGCCCCUCCCACUGCUGCCACUGCCUAUGACCGUCACUAGUUACCAUGGAAACCAAAUCAACCUGCAGGACCAUGGGCUUAGCCUCCAUAUUGCCCCGGUGUGAGCGGCAUGGUCCACUGGACACUGAGCAACUGCGCAUAAAAUGUUCCCGGCUCACACAAUGAGAAACUUAACGUUUUUUUGGGAGGAUUCCAGACGACUUCUCUCCCCUCUCUC